CGGGGGCUGACCGCGCUUGCGCAGCACCGUCGCUGUCACGCUGCCUGCUACGUUCGUGGGCAAGGCGGGACGAGCUGUCACCUUCCACGGAUCCCACUGGUUGCCCAGCAGGCCGGGGCGGGUGCGCGCGCAUCCCUGUGCCCGCCUCCCCCCGUUCGGGGUCGUUCCUACUUCGCAGUCGGCUGAGGCGCCCCUCCCCUACGUGGUCUUCCUCUGCCGGACGUUGGCCGCACGGCCCUGCUGUGAGGGACGAAGGAGCUGCGUGCGAGGGCGGAACGCCGCCUUACCCUGCGUCAUAUGCAGAAGCUGAGUUGACAUGGAUGUCUAAGUAUUUUUCUGUCUUUACUGUUGAAGAAAGUGCUGUAAUGUGAGAGACUGAAAAUACUGUUUAGAAAAACAGCAAAAUGAGUAGUCGUCGAAAGCGUGCAGCUCCAUCAAAAAUAGAUGAGGCAGAGAAGAAACUGCUCUGUUGGAAUAUGCAUGAGGACCGGAGAAAUGAGUUGAUGACAUUAGAUGAUGAAUUGACCACUGAGGAUGAUGUUCCAGGUCCUAGCACUUCCUCUGCAUCCUUCUUUGUUAUAAAUGAUGAUAGCAUUGAUGAAGAUCUCAUUCAAAAAGAUGACAGUCGGUCAAAAUCUGAGAAGUUUUUGACAGCUAACGAUGGUGAAGACUCUAAUUCCACCUCAACUCCCAUGUCAGUACAGCUAAAUAUUGUAGUCUUGCCCUAUCGCGCAGAUGGGUCCUGGAAAGUUUUAUUGGGAGAACUUGCUUUUUAUCUUCCUGCUGAGCAAGUUGUAAGUGAGGAAAUCCAUGAAAGAGGCUUUAUGUUAAUGAGAGGAGACUCUGACAAUCACCUGCUGGUCUGUGUCAAUAAAAGAAGUGAAGAAGAGUACAGUAAUGGAACAAAAGAAUGCCUGGGUGCUUACGGGCAGACUGUUUUGGUGGAACCAACUUUAAGUGGUGAAAUAUUGGAAGGCUUAAGGUGGUUGCAAAAUAAAAAGAUAAUUGGACUUUAUCAAAGACCUGGAGAGGGUCAAAAUCUAAAGGUGGGAAUCUACCUUCUGGAAGCAGGGCUAAGUAAACCGGAGUUUCUCAGUGAUGGAGGUGGAAGACCCAAAAAAGCUAAUCAGCUAGUUCAAAAACUCAUGGAAAAGUUCUAUAGUUUCAUAAUUCCAGAUGUGUUGGAGGAAGAUGAGGAAGAAUCUGACAUGGAGUUAGAGCGGCAAAAUAUUGAAGAGCUUUAUGACUUUGUAAGGCAUACCCAUCAGCAGGAUGUGCAACUACUGAGAGAAGAUGUGCAGCAUCCUGCCUUAAUUCCCAUUCUAAGGCCGUACCAAAGUGAAGCUGUGAAUUGGAUGCUUCACCGGGAGAAUUUCACAAGCACUCCAGGUGAAAAUGCACUGCAUUUCUUAUGGCGAGAGGUCAUCACUCUGGAUGGAGUGAAAAUCUACUAUAAUCCCUUUACUGGCUGUGUUAUCCGUGAAUAUCCAUUUGCUGGACCUCAAUGGCCUGGUGGUAUUUUGGCAGAUGAGAUGGGUCUUGGAAAAACAGUAGAAGUGUUGGCUCUUAUUCUGACUCACACCCGACAAGACAUUAAACAAGAUGAUCUGACAUUACCUGAGGGUGAACUUGUGAACUUCUUUGUUCCACCUCAACCUUCACAAGGAAGUAAAAAGAAAAAACCAAGAGAAAUGGAACUUAAAUUGAAGGAAAAAAUACAGUAUCCCAGCUUAAGAGUGAUGGUGUUAGCAGCUGUGAAGGAAAUGAAUGUGAAGAAAGGAGCAUCCAUUUUUGCAAUAUUUAAGUAUAUCAGUGCUGUAUAUAGGUAUGACAUACAGAGAAAUAGACGGCUUCUCAAAAGAACACUGGAAAAACUAAUAGCGGAACAAGUGGUAGAACAAGUGAAAGGGCACGGUCUGGCUGGGUCUUUCAAGUUGGGAAAGAAAUACAAGGAACAGAAGAGACGAGAGAGAACCAAAGAACAGAUAGCAAAGACUUCAGAAAGGAUUCAGAAGCAGUUGUCUGAUGCCAAUACUCAAACCAAAGAAUCAAAAGAUAGCGGUGUCACUUCUGCAGAUGUCCUUAAAAUCCCUUUACGAACAAGUAUUCCCACAGAAGAACACGAUUAUUGUGCAACUAACAAAAAUGACAGGAAAUCUGAAACAGAUAAUGAGAACUCUAUGGAAGAGAAUAACAUUCAGCAGAAAGCUGUGGUCUCCAAAUCUCCGGACUUGCACGGCAGGCUCCUCGUUUCCGGUGACAUUAGCAGUCAUCCUGAUUUUGAUGUUUCUAAAAAUGCAGCUGAUGCCCAGCAGGAAAUCCCAAGGUCUUCACAUUCACAAGAACAUGCUAGCAGUAGCGUGCAACGGACCAGCUCUGUAUUUCCAUUUAAUACCUCUGAAUAUCGUUUUGAAUGCAUCUGUGGUGAGCUUGGAUUGGUUGACUAUAAAGCUCGUGUGCAGUGCCUGAAAUGCCAUUUAUGGCAGCAUGCAGAAUGUGUAAACUAUAAAGAGGAGAACUUGAAAAUCAAGCCCUUUUACUGUCCCCAUUGCCUUGUGGCAAUGAAACCAGUUUCCACAGGAGCGACUCUGAUCAUUUCUCCAAGUUCAAUUUGUCAUCAGUGGGUAGAUGAGAUCAACAGGCAUGUGAGAUCAUCAUCUCUUCGAGUUCUGGUGUAUCAAGGUGUGAAGAAGCAUGGUUUUUUGCAGCCACACAUGUUGGCAGAGCAGGAUGUGGUUAUCACAACGUACGAUGUCCUCCGUACUGAACUGAACUAUGUGGACAUACCCCAUAGCAACAGCGAAGAUGGGCGCCGUUUCAGGAACCAGAAGCGCUACAUGGCCAUCCCGAGCCCCUUAGUAGCAGUGGAGUGGUGGAGGAUCUGCCUUGAUGAAGCACAAAUGGUUGAAUGUACUACUGCAAAGGCUGCUGAAAUGGCACUCCGUUUAAGUGGAAUCAAUCGCUGGUGUGUCAGUGGCACUCCCGUGCAGCGAGGAUUAGAAGACCUAUAUGGAUUAGUCCUUUUCCUUGGAAUUGAUCCUUACUGGGUCAAACAUUGGUGGGACCAGCUUUUAUAUCGACCUUAUUGUAGGAAAAAUUCCCAGCCUCUCUACAGUCUGAUUGCCAAGAUAAUGUGGAGAUCAGCAAAGAAAGAUGUGAUCGACCAAAUUCAAAUUCCCCCUCAGACAGAAAAUAUACACUGGCUUCACUUUUCUCCUGUGGAGAGACACUUCUAUCAUCGCCAGCAUGAGGUGUGCUGCCAGGAUGCUUUGGCAAAACUCAGGAAGAUUUCAGAUUGGACUCUUAAGCUUAGUAGCCUAGAUAGAAGGACUGUGACAUCCAUUCUGUACCCUUUGUUGCGGCUGAGGCAGGCCUGCUGUCAUCCACAAGCUGUUCGAGGAGAGUUCUUGCCUUUACAGAAGAGCACCAUGACCAUGGAAGAGCUGCUUACAUCUCUGCAGAAGAAAUGUAGAACAGAGUGUGAGGAAGCUCACCGACAGCUGGUGUGUGCUCUUAAUGGCUUAGCCGGUAUCCAUAUCAUUAAAGGAGAAUACACGUUAGCUGCAGAGCUGUACCGAGAAGUGUUACGUUCUUCUGAAGAGCACAAAGAAAAGCUCAAAACAGAUUCCUUGCAAAGACUUCAUUCCACACACAACUUGAUGGAGUUGUUGGCAAAGCACACAGGAAUUCCUCCAACUUUGCGUGACAGUCAGCUUUCAGCAGAGGCAGAACAACUUCGACAGCAUUAUAUGAGUAAAUCCAAUGCAGAAGUUGCAGAAGCCCAUCAGGCUUUACAGCCAGUUUUACAGACCAUUCGAGAGCUCCAGAGAAAGAUACAUUCUAGUUCUCCUUGGUGGUUGGACGUCAUCCAGACAGCAAUACAGUAUGCCAUUGAUGAAGAGCUUGUUCAGCGUGUGCAAAAUGAAAUAACCUGCAACUACAAACAACAGACAAAUAAACUCUCCAUGGCAGAUAAAUUCAGAGACUGUAGAGGCCUUCAGUACCUGCUCACAACCCAGAUGGAUGAAGUGAAGAAGUUCCAGAAGAUUGUAAGAGAAGCAGUGAAAAACUUAGAAGGCCCUCCCUCAAAGGAGGUUAUUGAGGCUGCCACUAUUUGCCACUUGCGACCUGUUAGACUUCCACUUAACAACUGUGUCUUUUGUAAGGCUGAUGAGUUGUUCACAGAAUAUGAGUCAAAACUCUUUUCUCAUACUGUUAAAGGCCAAACGGCUAUAUUUGAAGAGAUGAUAGAAGAUGAAGAAGGGCUUGUUGAUGAUCGUUUGCCCACCACAAGUAGAGGACUGUGGGCAGCUAGUGAAACUGAGCGUGCCUUGAAAGCUAUUCUCUCCUUUGCCAAAGCACACCGGCUGGAUGUUAAGCUAACUGAAGAAGGUAGCAUAUUUCUGGAACUCUUUGAAGCGUGGAAAAAGGAAUAUAAGUUACUUCAUGAAUAUUGGAUGGUGCUAAGGGAUCACGUGUCUGCUAUUGAUGAACUAGCAAUGGCUACAGAACGGCUGAGGGUGCGUCAUCCUGAUGAGCCAAAACCAAAUCCACCAGUUCUUCACAUCAUAGAGCCACAUGAGGUAGAGCAAAACCGCGUGAAACUUCUGAACGAUAAGGCAGUUGCUAAAUCACAGCUUCAAAAGAAAUUAGGACAACUUCUGUAUCUCACUAAUCUGGAGAAAUCUCAACAUAAAACUACCGGGGGAGUUAAUCCAGAACCGUGUCCUAUCUGUGCACGUCAACUGGGAAAACAGUGGGCUGUGCUGACGUGUGGGCAUUGUUUUUGUAAUGAGUGUAUAGCUAUCAUCAUAGAGCAGUACAGUGUUGGCACCCGCCGGAGCUCAAUUAAAUGCGCCAUUUGCAGGCAGACAACAUCUCAUAAAGAAAUAUCAUAUGUCUUUACUGCUGAAACUGCAAAUCAAGAGGAUGAUAUUCCUGUUAAGGGAAGUCAUUCCACCAAAGUAGAAGCUGUGGUUCGAACACUGAAGAGAAUUCAAUUUAAAGAUCCAGGGGCUAAGUCCUUGGUUUUCUCAACGUGGCAAGAUGUGUUGGACAUAAUUGCUAAAGCUUUGUACGACAACAAUAUGACUUUCUCUCAAAUCAAUGGAAUUAGUAAAUUUCAGGAAAAUCUCUCUGCAUUUAAAUACGAUCCCAAGAUAAAUAUUUUGCUGCUACCUCUUCACACUGGUUCCAAUGGACUAAACAUAAUAGAAGCAACUCACGUUCUCCUUGUGGAACCUAUUCUGAAUCCUGCACAUGAGCUUCAGGCCAUUGGCAGAGUUCAUCGUAUUGGCCAGACAAAGUCUACCAUUGUCCAUAGGUUCCUGAUAAAAGCAACAAUAGAAGAAAGAAUGCAGACUAUGCUAAAAACUGUAGAUAGGAGCCACACAAGCUCUUCCAUGAAACAGUCAGAAGCUUCAGUUCUGACGGUGGCAGACCUGGCUGACCUUUUUACAGAGGAAACUGAAGAACUUGAGUGAAAACAUUGGCUCAUGAAAUCAGAAAGUACCUUAUAUAAUAAUCUCCUGUAUAUAGUACUGACCUGCUAUUCCUUUAAACACUAUCUAACAACUGCCCUAAAGAGAGCUAUUGGAAGUAGAUAAGUCUUUUAAUUGUUAAUAUUUUAUUCUGUGGUGACAUUCUUAGCAGCACACUUUUCUGAUAGCACUGGAGAAAACUUGCACUUUACGCUUUAAACAAAAAUGUGGAUUUAAUUCCCAAAGAGCAUUUGAGCUGGAUGCUGACACUGAGAUCUUGGACUGCUGGAUUUUUACCAUCAGGUUUGAUUGGCUGGUGGUUCAGUCUGAGGUCAAAACUGUGGUGGUGGAGUGGGAAAGAGAAGCAGAAAAACACAAAUAUACUUUUUUUUUUACUGUACAAAGAAUUAUUAGGAAGAAUUACUGUAAAUUAAUAUUCUUCUAGAAAGGGCUUCUAGGGUUAUUAGCAUUUAUUGCCAAGUUCUUGAACGUCUUACUGGUAACACUUUAAACAAUUAAUCUUUACUAAUUAUUUGGAUAUUUGUAUUAGACUUUUAGAUAUUCAUAAAGAUUUGUGUGAUGAUUAAAUUUCAUUGUUAAUGCUCACUCACUGCAAAAUCAUGCUAAAUUAAAUUAUGCUUUUUGGAUGUGUGUUGGUCUGGAAAUCAGUUAAACAUGCGAACUUAAUGUACAUGUUUUUCACUUACUAUUGAAACCAUUAUUAAUUUAGUGCUUUGGGGUUUUUUAGUCAUUUGUUGCAGAAUUUUAGAGAAGUAAUUAAGCUGUUGGUAAGUUAAUGAUUUGGUGUUUGUGUACACUUACUCACCCUGAUUUCUAUCUGUUUCUACCCCUCAAAGAUGCAGGAAUCUAAAUAUUCAAAAUACUUGAGAUUGUUAGGCAGUCUAAGUAGUAGGUACCUAGUCUAAGUUAGGUAAUCAGUGAAAAGAAAUUAAACUUCUAUGAAACUUUCCAUUCUUAGAUGUGAGAUCACUCUAGCCAAUCUCAAUUUACUUUAUAUAGAGAAUUUAGAAAACAAAUCAAGACUGACUUUUAGACUACUGAAGGUAGGGAAGCUAAAUUGUAAACUUUUUGGCACAGGUUAUGGACACACAUUUGCUUACCACCAAGGAAUCUCAGUUAUGCAGUGAUAGCACCAUUUUAUGUUUAGAAACUGAGGAAACUGCGUAAGCAGCAGGCUACUUGCCUCAGAUUCAAAUAUUUACUGUUUCACCAGACACUUUUUUGUGUACGUGGGACUGAAAUUAAAAAUUCUUUAAGAAAUUUAUGUUAAUGCUAGAAUUUUUUUUUGGUCUGCUGAGUAGACCUGCCAUAUAAUUGUUUACUGUAUUCAAGUAUGCGAUGUUUUAAGUUGCACAAUACUGCCCUUUAUUAGGCCUAUCUGCAUGGCAGACAGAUUUUUCUCUGCUGACAGCAAGGGAGCUGAAUUACGUGAAAAUGUUGUAUCAAGAAGUCCAUCUUUGGCAUUCUAAUUGGCCCAGAUGAACAACCAAGAUUAUCUGUUCUAAAGACUAUUUGAGUAAAUUUACAGACAUCGUUAUUUCCUGUAUUUGUAGUAUGUACUGAAUAUGUGUAUGUAUUUUUGUUAUGGAAAUUACUAAUGUCUUGCAGGUUACAGUUUGUAAUGAGGGAAACUUAGUAGUUAACAGACUUAUAUUUUCAGUGAUAUUGAUCAAAGAGUUUGCACAGAGACUGUGAUGUCUCCAUUCUUGAAUGUAUUUGGAACUCAAGUGAGCCUGAGCUAGCUGAUACAACUUCAGUGUUGGCCCUACUGUCAGUGGUGUGUUGGACCAGAUGACCUCCAUGGAUCCCUUUCAGCUUCAGUUAUUUCACAGUAUAGUGGAUACAGUGUUGUGCACAUACUCCUGGAACUCUAAGGGCAGCAACAUUCCAGUUUUCUCAUCAUCCUCAGCGAAUUUUAAUAUCUUCCAUGCAACCUGACUGAACAAAGAGCUGCUAUUCACUGUGAGAAAUGAUACAUUGAUGUUUAAAACAAUGUGGAAACAAAUAGUGUUUACAUUCGUAGCUUCCAUUUUAAAUAACUCGAUGUGGGAAUAAUAAUUGUCAGUGAAUGUGAAGGCAAAGAAGCAAACUGAUAAGUCUUCUGUGAGAGGCUUCCCAAGCUCUGCAAGUUUUCGGCUUGCUUGUAUAAAGAUGGCUGUUAGAAUGUUUAUUUACAAAAAUGUGAGGUUGGGAUUCCCAGCCAAAAGCGUAGCUUCUCAUGAAGUGGUGCAUGAGACUUUCUAAUCCUGAGUGGUUUUUAAUGCUUACGUAACAGCAUGCAAUGCCAGAGACAUAAUUCUUAGCGCUUUUCAGAGGACUGGAAUAUGAUCACACAGAGUCUGGAGAUACAGCGUUACAUCUUGCAAUUGUAAAGCUGAAUCAUUGGAGUAUACUGUCAGUGUCAGUAGGAAAACAGUGUCUUCAACUGUCACAUUACAUUAAAUACAUAGACUAAAUAUAAAGAAUAAUAUUGGAAAGGAAAUUGAAAAGUAAUUUAAUACUUCAUGCAACAUUUAAGUUAUUUAACAAAGAUUUUCUUUCAGAUGCUUUUAAGGUGGCUCAUGAAAUGAACUAAUUUUCUGCCAAGAUUGCUGCUUGUUCCUCUGCAUUGCUUGUCUCUUACCAACAACAGAGUAAGCUUCAUUUUGUGGUGCUGUGAUGAUUUUGCUCUGUCAGGAGCAAAUGCUCUUGAAAGACAGCAUCUUAAUUGGAAAUGAACAUUGUCGUGUCGUAAUAGCUUCAAUAUGCCAAUAGAAAUGGUGCUUCCACAGAAGGCAGAAAUCUGGAAGUACUGACUGUGGUAUGCUGUUAUUAUGGACUUCUAUCAAUGGAUCCAUAAUUUAUACUGGAAUCUUCUGUUCUCCUGUUAAAACAUGUGAAUACGAGCUGACAAUAUUGUUUAUCCAGUGCAGUCCCCUUAAAAGUGAUGAUCCUACUGACUCUAAAGAACUUAGUCCUGAUCUUUCAUCUCUUUCAGUUCCCUAUCUGGAAAAUAAGUUGAUUUUUUUUUUUUUUGUCUGUGAAAUUUCAGGGCAGGGUUUUAUAACCAAAUAUGUAAGUUCAAAGCCUUGACAAAGAGAGCCAUCAUCUCAGUUAUGUAUCCAAAUCUUGAUGCAAACAGAAGACUUCCUUGAUCCACAGAAAAUGAUAGUGUUGGAAAUCAGAAGUGCAUUCCCUCAUGGUGUUAAGUACACUUCUUGAAUCUCAGUGUGGAUCUUUAAGAUGAGUUUAUUUCUAAGUCAAGGGCCAUUUUGCUCUCUAAAUCAAUGUAUACUGGGAAAAUACUUCAUCUUGACUUGUUAGGUAACUAGCAUAUAAAUGAAAGUCCUGGACACGCAGUAGUUUCAUGCACAUCUAAUACUACAAAAGAGCAUUUACCUCAGUCUUCUCGUGUGUAUUAAAGUUGUGUAUUAAAGAAUGAACAUAAGACUUGA